AUGUCGUGUUCGGUGGCCGUCUGCAACUCGCCGGUUUUCUCACCGUCCUCGUCUCUUUUCUACAACAAAGCGUCCAGCAUCUCUCCGGCGCCUGAAUCCGUAACUUUGUCUCACUCCCAUCUCAAUACUCCAGUUUUCUCCUCUCCUUCUCCUUCCGCUGCGUCUCCCGCUUCGCCGUUCUGCCUCCGUCUCCUGAAUCCGCCGGCUAAAUUAGGCUUUCGAUCGGACUCUGGUCCCGGAGGCGUUCUGAAGAGGAAACGACCGACGAGGCUUGAUUUACCGAUGGCUCCGCUCGGUAUUGCAGCUCCGAUGCCGGUGAAUGCAGAGACGCCGAGGGAGGAAAGUAGUGAAGUGGAGAGGGAAGGUGAUGGAUAUUCUGUUUAUUGCAAGAGAGGACGGAGAGAAGCUAUGGAGGAUCGCUUUUCUGCCAUCACUAAUCUUCAAGGAGAUCCCAAACAGGCGAUAUUUGGAGUCUAUGAUGGUCACGGAGGACCAAGAGCGGCUGAGUUUGCGGCUAAGAACUUGUGUGAUAACAUUCUGAGAGAGAUAGUUUCUCCGGAGAACGAUUCAAGGGUUGAAGAAGCUGUAAAACGCGGUUAUCUAGCAACUGAUUCCGAGUUUCUCAAGGAGAAAGACGUGAAGGGUGGCUCAUGCUGCGUCACGGCUCUGAUCAACGACGGGAAUCUCGUGGUGUCCAAUGCCGGGGACUGCCGUGCUGUUUUGAGCGUUGGAGGAUUCGCAGAGGCUCUGACUUCUGACCACCGCCCUUCAAGAGACGAUGAACGGAGCAGAAUUGAAAGCUCGGGUGGCUAUGUUGAUACAUUUCACAGUGUUUGGAGAAUCCAAGGAUCUUUAGCGGUAUCGAGAGGAAUCGGAGAUGCUCAUCUCAAACAAUGGGUGAUAUCUGAACCAGAGACAAAGAUUCUAAGAAUCAGUCCCCAACACGAGUUCUUGAUCUUAGCGUCCGACGGUCUAUGGGACAAGGUUAGUAACCAGGAGGCAGUAGACAUAGCUCGACCAUACUGCAUUGGAACCGAUCAGAAGUGGAAGCCAUUGUUAGCCUGUAAGAAGCUCGUUGACCUCUCUGUUUCACGAGGCUCCUUGGAUGAUAUCAGUGUGAUGUUGAUUCCGUUGUGCCGCUUCAUCUAA